AUGUACAGCGACAAUGGGACAUCAUUUGUUGGUGCUUCAAAGGAUAUCGCUAGAGCUUAUGAGCGCUGGAGAGCUAGUGAUAUGUUUUCUGAGCUAGUGCUGAAGGGGACUGAAUGGCAUUUUAUGACCCCAGCUGCACCGCAUCAAGGUGGUAUUUACGAGGCGGCCGUAAAGUCAAUGAAACAUCAUUUAACGCGUGUUAUAGGGCAAAAGUGCCGGGAAUAUGAGCAAUUUCUAACGCUUCUAGCACAGAUAGAAGCAAUUUUGAAUUCGCGCCCGCUAUAUCCAUUGAGCGAUGAUCCUUUGGACGUGCAAGCCCUAACGCCUGGCCAUUUUCUGGUGGGAGAACCGCUGGCUCUCCCUCCUCCUUUCGAUAUAGCGCCACAACCAGGCACCAAAGGGCGGAAGCUAUGGCAAGAAAGAGAGACUAUGGUAACUCAUAUAUGGCAACGUUGGCGAAAUGAGUAUCUUACAACCUUGCUGGAGAGGAAGAGGUGGCGCAAGGAGCAAUAA